AUGGCGCCAACAGACUCAACGUCGCUCUUGAGCGCGCGCCUCUACUACAAUGAUGGAUACUACCAUCACUCGAACUGGUAUUACUACGGUCGCUGGAUCUUUGCCGCCGUUGUCAUUGUCGCAGUGGUAUUCCUCUUCUUCAUAUGGGCUUGCAUCAACUCGCGCCGCCGCCGUAGACGCGGUCUCAAGCCCAUGUACGGAACCGGCUGGAUGGCCAACGGCCAGCAGAACUACCAGAACAAUCCCAACGGCUACUACCAGAACGCCCCGCCCGCUUAUGGUGCACCUCAGGGCCAGUCGUAUCCGAUGCAGAACCAGUACACGGGCAACACCUUCAACCCCAACGACGGCUAUUACGGCCAGCACGAGGGUGUCCAGCAGCCCAAGGACGCGCACGCUCCUGUCCACAAUAACAACACUGCUGCGACUGGCGACUACGCUCCUCCUCCAGGCCCGCCGCCCCCGGGCAACAAGCCUACCUACUAA